AUGCCGGUUAUGUUUGAGGGCGAUGCAGAUCCAAUGGUAGCCGACAACUACAUGGAUCAAGUCAAAACUCAGUUGACCUCAAUGGAUGUGACAGAGGAUCACUUGAAGAUCAUCCUAGCAACACAAGUUUACUAUGGAUGCCAAGUUAAGUUGAUAAGACAGAGGUUAUUUACAGCUCAGAGCCGACAGAAGAGCUAUGCGGAUAAGCGGAGACGACCGUUAUCCUUUGAGGUGGGAGACCAUGUUUUUCUACGGGUUUCUCCACGGAAGGGAUUGAUGAGAUUCGGGAAAAGUGGCAAGUUGUCGCCACGAUAUAUUGGACCGUUUGAGAUUUUGGACCGAGUAGGAGAGGUUGCCUACAAGCUUGCUUUGCCACCACAGUUGGAUAGGGUCCACAAUGUUUUCCAUGUAUCGAUGUUACGAAAGUACGAGCCAGAUCCAUCUCACAUUUUGAGUUAUGUUGAUGUGGACAUUGAUGAGGAUGUUUCCUACGAGGAAGGACCAGUUCAGAUUCUUGACACACAACAGAAGGUGUUGAGGAACAAGAUGAUACUAAUGGUGAAAGUCCUUUGGAGACACCACGGAGUCGUGGAGGCUACUUGGGAGCUCGAACAGGAGGUUCGGUCCAAGUACCCAGCGUUGUUUUCUUCCCUAGGUAUGUCUUGA